AUGUCCGCCACCAGCCUAAGCGUCGACGAGUCGCUAAGUCUUCUGCGAAGCGGCCGCUUCUCCGACUUCACCAUCAAAUGCAAAAGCACAGUCUUUGCCGUCCAUAAGCUAAUGCUGUUGACAAAAAGCGCCUACUUCGAUAUACUCAUCGACAGUCCGUUCAAGGAGGGGGUCGAAGACGUUUACACAUGCCGAGAGACUGAGCCGCGCAUUGUUGCCGUCAUCAUCACCUUCAUCUACACACAACAACUCCAUACCUCGAAGAAGAUCUCCGGUAUCUGGCCAAACAAGUUCUCACGAGAGGUUCACUCGCUUCCCGACCAUGUCGAAGUCUACUUGCUUGCAGACCGCCUGAUGUUAUUCGACCUCAGACGUGCCAUAGGCGAAGUCUUCCUCGAGCGUGUCUCAAAGCGCGUCUAUGAAUAUCUGGGCAAGGAUAUGUAUGCUCACAAGACCUUAAUUCACCAGUUCGUACAGAUGGUAUACGACAAGGUCGGCGAGCGUGACGACUUCCUUCGUCCUGGCGUGACCAAACUUCUACUGGAGAUGGAAGCCAAGUACAGACCAGUCGGAAUCGCCGUGAUCGAUAGCGAGACCUCCGACAGCGAUGUCAGCAGUAGUAGCAGUGACGAGAGUGACGAGGACGAGGAAGAGGUUCGGCGUGGAUCUGGCAAAUCAAGAGCCACCAAGCAGCCAGCUUCCGUCAGAAGGACACAAAUCACCUUUCAGAAGACACUCCAGGAGCUCAUGACCUUGGCUGAAGAGAAGGAUCCGUCUGCUGUACAUUCUGGUCGCCUGUUGGUCCGUGCCUGCUUUGAACGAGUCACAGAUUUAGAGGUGCAGCUCGCCUUUGCUCGAGAUCCUGCGAAUCGCAAGAAGGCACAGCCGGCGAAGCGUCAGCGCGUGGACUGA